UUAUUACCCAAACAAUCGACUGCAAGCUCCUUCCAUUCUCUCUGUUUGUUGAGUUUCCUUGACUCCUCAUCAAUUUCUUUAUAUUCGAUUUCUGUAUUCCUUCGCUCUCGGAUUCGUCUUCCCUGCGUACUCUACUGGGAUCAGACGCAGAAUCUGACCAAACUCAGAUACCUUCAAGAAUGGAGACUCAACAGCUAGACUCAAGCCCUUGCACUCCUUCGAUUUCACAGUCUCGUAAUUCGAUGAACAAUUCACCAUUUCCACCAUCAGUGACGAGGCUAUGGAGACCAGCUGCUCAGCGAAAUCUUAGAAACCAAUGGUCCCAAAUGGUAUCUUACAGGCAACAGUGGGUCUCUGCGUCUACUAAUGCAAGAUCGAAUGCUACUUCACUUGUCAAUGCUUAUUUAUCUCAAAGGUAUAUACCUUCAAUGGAGCUCGGUGUUCUAAGUGAUAUGCCAGAUAUUAGAAAGAAAGCUUUAUCAAAAUUGUUUAUACAGCAGGAGCUUCAUAGGAGCAAGUUUUUAUCAUCUUACAAAGAUAUGGUUGCUGUUGUAACUCACAUGGUUAAUACUAGUAAAUCCAUGAGAUGUUUUCUCAAAGGGACAAGUGGUAGUUCAAUCGUACAAUUUUCUAGCUCUUCCGAGGAAGGAAAUGACACUGGUGAUGGUGGCGGUAUUCCGAUCUUCACAUUUUGGUCAAUAUAUCCAUUCGAGAAGCUAGCAGAGGAAUGUGUUCAGAUGUUUGCACUGGAGCUGAAUCUGAAGCGGCUGCUUGUAAUGGAGUUACUCUCCAUUAGAUCUGAAGCUCCACAAGUAGAGAAAUUGUGUUGGACAGAUGAGCUUUAUCCAGGAGAACUUGAUGACUUGAGUAUAUGCGGCUUGUAUUUGAAAGAAACCUGUGAGCCAAUCCUUCCAAGAUUGAGAGACAAGAAAUCUGAUAUGCCUGCUGUAGUAGAUAAUUGCAAGCCCAACCAAGCUAUUUUACAGGUCUAUUUGACAACAUGGCUUACAGACUUGAAUAUAGAUUCUCAAAGGGUGGAUGAAAUAUUUGAAACAGUUGGAGAAGAAAUGCAUGUUAAACUUUCAUAGCUCUUUUAUUGUUUAUCCAUCAAUCAAAUUUGAAGCCAUCAGUUCUUCAGGUAAUGGUAGAAGUUGGUUAUCUUCAAUUUUUCAAAUUAUGUCUAUUUGAACAAAAAUUGGGACUUGUGUAUCUAAUUGAACAUAAAAAUUAUACAGAAGCUAAUAUGAACAGAUUUUGAGAUGUCAAAGCUUGAGCUCAUACAUGUGUGAAUUUUACUUUCUUUGUAUUUAAAA